ACUCUCUCGAUCAUCCAAGCCCAGCAGCCCAAGACCAAGAUACUGACUUACCAGACCAGACCCAAGAGCCGCACCGCAGCUGUAACCGGUCUACUCACGGCCAUCACCCCCAUCCCAUAAUAAUUACCUGCAUUAUUCCAUCCUCUGCACCCAACCCGGAUUUUGUGCGUCGUUGGCCGUACAGCUCAGCGUCCUCAGGUCCAGCGUGUCGAAGUGUAGAAAGAAGAAGCUUUUUCCUGCCUGCGUUGCGCUGCGCUGCGAGCUGAAUACGUCACCGACAAAUUCUUCGAAGCGCCAUCCACCGUCGCACUUUCGCCGACGCAGACGCAGAUAUCCGAAAGCGCGUCAUACCUGUGCUGUACUGAAAUCAGCAAUUCACAGAGCAUCGUCGCAUCGUCGCAUCGCCAGCAGCAGACCAGCAGCAGCAUUGGCUUCGCGCGUUGCUGCCCCGCUGCUACGAAGGACUCCCGUAUCCUCUUGCGACUCGGCCCUCGAAAGUGAGUUUGGUCAGGGGCUGUUACGCCAUCAGAGCCCACGAUCCGGCCUCGCACUCGCUGCACCCCCAAGUGCUCUUCUCCACACUCCUUCACUCAUCUCAACCUUCCACGUCUGUCGUGCGGCGCGCAUCGCAUCCACUUCAGCGGCCUCGUCGUGCCAGUGCCAUCACCAUCACCAUAUCGCACUCGUCGCUGCCCAUUAUCGCCAUCGGUGCUCGUACCGCAAAUCCCCCUCGGGUUGUCUGGAAAGAGUGGUAAGUCGGGGUGUUUGAAAGAGAAGGUUUUGGUGCUGAGCUUGCCUGGUCCCCCCCGAACUAACGAGUCUUCCCCUAGCAUCAUAGGCAGGUAGAGCCCGUACCACCUCGCGCCUCCGCCCACAAACUACCGUCUCUGUAAGGUGACCUCAUAUACCUUCGUCAUCCUUCGACUACUCGACCACAUUCAAUCCACCCACACGACCACGGUCACUGCCACCAUCGCAUAUACGAAAAAUAUCGUCAUUGGCGUCUCUGUUCCCACAACGACGGCCUGUUGACACCGACUGCUCCUAUUCUCCCCCGCGCCUUCGUCCCGAAAUCAACCAUGGGAAAUCCUCCUAUCGACGCUUCUAACAAAGGCGCAUCUACCUCACCUGUGCAACGCAACUCGGAACCACCAAAGGCACCUGGUAUGUAUCAUGUCUCCUCAUACAUCCUUUCUAUUGUCGCUGCAGCACUGCAUAUAUACUCUCAAUAGCGACAGUGACGUCGCCACCAGUAGCGUCCAAAAUUGACGCGCCAAUGGUCGACUGAAUCAGUGGCAAACCCGUGGCAUGCCUCCGUUUCAACCAGCCCAAUUCAUCCUGCACAAUUUGAUAUACUCAGUAAAGAACGAUGCUGACUCUGCGGGAUAGCUGCCGAUGUCAAGAUAGAUCCAAACAUUGAGAACACGAAUGCAGACCCCCUUGGACCUCCACCCCGACCAGGUGCUGGAGCCGCAUCAAAUGCACCACCAUCCGACUACUUCUCAGUAACCCAUACAAAUAUCGCAACGGAAACAAAUCCAUUUGAAGCGUCAUUCGCAUUCGGCAGUGGAAGCAAUACUAACGGCGGACAAGUGCAGACGCCGGGCGGUACGAAACUUCCCUCUGUUGCUGCUCUUACCUCACCAGCUGGACUACUCGGUAGUGGAGUCACACCGGGUUUUUGGGGAGGUCUCCGUUCAGGACCCCUAAGUCCGGCAAUGUUAUCAGGGCCCCAGAAAGGGGACGAUUACUUUAGCGACGGGCAUCAUCUUCGUGGAGGAUUCCCAACCCCCAAUGAGUCUGGUCUUCGAUCAGGCCUUACACCCGGCGGUAGUGGAUCUAUGUUUCCAGAGCCGAGUCCCAAUUCCCAGGCACUUUUCAUGGCUGGUGGUACUACUCCUACCACUUUGGACUUUCAUCGGACUGCUAUGAGUGCUGCCGCACAAAAGCGAGAGCAGGCAUCGCAACAAGUUCACCAAAACGUGACUUCUCAGCCGCAAGAUCAGCCCAACGGAUUAGAGGUUAAGCCUCCGGCGACUAGCCAAUUCGAUUCUCAUGACGCCAAUGAUGCCGCCAACGGUCUCUUCUUACUGGCCCAGGCCCGUAAUGGACCACAACCCACUAAUCACUACGCGAUGGCUCCUCAACUACCUGUUCACGCACAUCCUCAACCUAAUAUUCAGAUGGCCUCAACCUCUGCCGAGACUUCUCCCCAUAUGGCUAAUAGACACAACGGCUCUGUUAGCACUAACUCCGGCCGUGGAGUUAGUGAAAUGAGCUCUGAUGAUAACAAUGACUCUCAAAACCGGCCCAAUACCCGGGGAAAAGGAAAGAGAGUAAAUCAACCACCACCCUUUCAAACCAACGGACGUCGGAAAGCUACAGACGAAACCCCAACCAAGGGACAUCCAUCUAAGAAAGCAAAGGGUAACAAUAACGCUAUGCAAUCUGAGCCACAGUCGGAAGAAGAAUUAGACAUGAGUAAAGAGGAGUACAACGCCAACGGCAAGAAGAUGACGGAUGAAGAGAAGCGGAAGAAUUUCCUGGAAAGAAAUAGGUAAGUCACUCUAACCAUAAAUCAUAAUUACGUCAUCUGACGAUCGCAUAGGGUUGCGGCAUUGAAGUGUAGACAGCGCAAGAAGCAAUGGCUGGCAAAUCUCCAACAAAAGGUUGAGAUAUUUAGUAGUGAGAACGACCAACUCAGUCAGCAAAUAUCCUCAUUACGAGAAGAAGUUGUCAAUUUGAAGACUAUCCUCAUGGCCCAUAAGGACUGUCCAGUGUCAGCAUCACAGGGUAUCUCAGGAAUGGGAAUGCAUCAAUUCAUCGAAGGUUACGGCACUCAGGUGAACCCAUACGGUCUCCAGGCUGGCCCAAUGCCAACACAACAGCAAGUCCUGGCUGCUGCUUCACAGGUCAUGCAGGACCGACGAUUUUCAUAACAUUCUUGUACAAGAAAAUUUGGGGGACUUCAAAGGUGCUUAUCGGCGUAUGGAAAGAGUGUUUGGGAGAGUUUCGACUUCGAAGUGGUCCCAAUAAGGCCAGCGACUUGAUUUGAAACGGAGGUCUAUUAUAACGAUUCAACGACGAUGUUUCUCGAAUGGUAAAAAUGCAUCGCAACAAGCUCAUCAGUAAAGCUUCGGUACCUGCUGGCUUGUUGAAAUUGGGAUUUCUGGCGUUCUGGUAAUGUCAGCCGCCCGGAAGACCAUUGGUUGGCAUUGUGUAAUUUUGAGCUUCACUCGACAUUCGCUCCGUCAACUUUUUUUUUCCUCUUUUCAAUUUGUUAUCUAGCAUUUCUGUUCUGUGUUGGAGUGCUGCGCUGUAUAUAAUUGGAGGGCAUGCUUACAUAUCGAUUUGGGUUGUUUCUGGCGCGAGAAUGGUGGCAUGAUUCCAUCCGGGGCGUACAGGUUUGCUUUCCAAGAACCCUCAGCGUCUUUUUAUUCUUUUC